AUGUUCAAUGCUUUUAAAAAGAUAUGGGCACCAACUGUAAAUAAUGAUGAAGAUGAAUCAAAAGAAAGACAAGAAUUAGGAAUUUCAGAAGAGUUAAUACAAUUGGUUGAUAAUAUAUCUAGAUUCCCUGAAUCUUUUAAAGAUUUUCCUUUUCAAACUUUAAAAGAUCCUUCACUUAAAAUGACAAAAAUUCAAAAAAGACAUGUUGAAAAGAUAUUAGAGAUUGUUAAACCAUUAAAUGAUUUAAGAUUUCAAAUGUGUCCAUCAGUCAUGAAUGAUGAAAAAUUUUGGAAGAUUUACUUUACACAUAUUCAAGUAGUAUCAAAAGGAAUGUUUAAUCAAUCACCAUCAUCAACAACAACAGGUACAACAACUACUCAACCACAAUCACCAACAAACUUUUUAGAAGAAUUGGAUUCUCAAUUUGAUAAAUUAUCAUCAAAGAAGAAACCAUUCGAUGAAGGUAUCUCUGAAGAAGAAGAUAGCUAUUUCUCAAUAAAUACCUAUAUGUUACAAUCAAAACAACAACAAUUAUUACAACAACAACAACAACAGCAGCAACAGCAACAACAAUUAUUAUUACAGCAACAACAACAACAAACUCAACCAAAUUCAUUAAAAUCAUCAACUUCUUCAAUUACACCAAAUAAAUCACCAAUAUCAGGUGGUGGUGGAAUACAAAUAGGAAAUAAAAUAGCAGUAACUCAACCAGUUGCUGCCUCCUCUCCAACUUCAACUUUAACACCAACAUUAAGAAACAAUACUGAUAAUAAUAAAAAUAAUAAUAGUGAUGAAAACAACAACAACAGUAAUGCUAUAUCACUACAAUCAAAACCAAAUAAUAAUAAUAAUAAUAAUAUUGAAAUUUUAAACAAUACCAAUAAUAGUAAUAAUACUUUAAUAGAUACAAACUUUGAUAAUAUAAAUAAUACAAGUAUUAUUACAGAUGUACAACGAAAUAUAGAAUUGGAUAAAAGUAUAGAUAAUUUUUUAAAUCCAAGUUAA